CGGGUAAAACGUACACAAUUAGAAAAUUCGGAAUGAGCAAAUUUGGAAGCACAAGAUCAUUGCUUUCCAGUAAGGACACAGCAAUCUAUGUCAGCGCGCCCAUCCAGGUCAGUCAGCAGCUGGAGGAUGAGGCAAGGGUACUUCUGGGACCACCCAUCACCUUGAUCUCACUGACCAACAUCGACCAAUCCCAGAUGAUUUACGUGACAGUGAAGGGAUGGGUCACAGCUAUGGAACCCUUGAAAAAAAUUGAAAAGGGACGGGGGCCAGCAGUCCCUUUGCAGAUUAUAAAUCUCAAAGAGGUUGGAACCUUUCAGAGCCUAUCAGAGCACUGGGAACAGGAAAUUGCUUACCACUGCAGGAAGUCACGCCUACUCACCUCACCAGCCGAAUGCGCUCUGAUCUUCCCUGACUCAUCAGCGUUAUCUGCUGUGUUACCCCUGAACUUUCCUCAACCAUGUGCCCCAGGUGGCCUUCUGACAGGGAAGUAUCACUAUGAAGAUAAAGAUGGCUCCCAGCCUGCAGGACGAUUCUUUGGCAACAGCUGGGCUGGAGCAUACAGAGACAGAUACUGGAAGAAAAGUCAUUUCCAGGCCACAGAGGUGGUUCUGCAGGCUUUGGAAACAGCGUACGGAUCAGAGAAACCCUCGCUGACUUCUGCUGCUAUGCGCUGGAUGUAUCAUCACUCUCAGCUUAAGGGUGAUCUUGGAGAUGGAGUCAUUAUUGGCAUGUUGAGCAUGGAGCAGCUUCAGCAAAAUAUGGCUGCUGCGGAAGAGGGUCCUCUGGAUCAGAGAGUGGUCGAUGCCUUCAAAGAAGUCUGGAAUCUCGUAGCCCACGAGUGUCCAAACUACUUCAGAUUAGGACCUUCUUGAUUUAAUUUUACAGAAAAAUGUUUUUCAAAAUUACACUUAAUUAGGCUUUUUGAAUUCUCCCCUGAAAUGUACAUUUUCUAUCCUUUGAAUAGAUCAGUACACUUUUUGCAUUUUUAAUCAAAGAGCACUUCAUUGUCAUGUCUAUAUUAAAAAAAAAAACAUUAACACGCUUUCAUGGAAAAAUAACUUUCUGAAGACUCUGGAUUAAAUUUGUCACAUCAACAAAAUGUGUAUAUUAUUCAUGAGUGUUGGUUUAACAUGAACAGUGAAAGGAAAGGGAAUUCUACACAAUAUCAGUCCCUUAUUGUGCUGAGGGAACUUGGCAGAACAAUGACAUCCCAAACGAUUUAAUCCUUUGAAUACAGUCCACAUUGUCCAAAACUAAAAUUCAAGAUGAAGGACAGAAGUUCAUGUUUUGUAGGUAUAAAAAGACCAGAAAGACUACAGAGUGCAACACUGGCUGUCAGGAUGAAAGCUAAAUUAAAUGUCCGCCUGCUUUUGAAAGCAGGAUUUUUUUU